AUGGCUGAUCCUCUAUCGAUUGUUGCCAGUAUCGUCGGCGUUGGUGUCGCAAGCGCUCAGCUGGCGAACAAAGUCUACGACUUCACUGACAAAUAUAAGAAUGCGCCAGCUCAAAUGCAGGAUAUUGCCUCGGAAAUGUCGCACCUAUCGAGCAUCUUCAGUCUCCUAGCUAAUGUUCUGAAGGAAGGCCAAGGGGCAUACAAACCGCAAGUGUUGAAGGACGUAGGGUCCAUCCUUGGUCGUGUGGAGAAGAUCCAAGAGGAGAUCCGGAAGUUGAUGAAGAGAAACGGGGGCGUUCGGGCUCGAGUUAAGUGGGCAAUGAGCUUUGGGAAAGUUUCGGAGCUCCUGGAUCGCGUUGAAGCGCUCAAGUCAUCAUUGAGUGUUCUUCUGGAUACCGCACUAUUGGCUUUGGCUUGCCGAGAACCGAGAGCUGAUGAACCCGAGAUCGAGCGAUUAAAACACGUCAUCGUGGCUGGCGUCAAGGAGAUACGUCAAUGCGUUGUCAGACUUCAAAUGGCCAAACCAGCGAUCAUGUUCGAGCCUCCGAAAUUGCUUGAUGCCGCGCCAGCGUCGGACCCAAUAGUUUCUCGUCUGAAUAACCCUCUUACGGCUCUGUAUCCAUCGAAUAGACACAUAGAAGAUGCAGCUGUGAGCACAGAAGCUGCAAUGGAACCCAGCGACUCUCAAUUCGAGACUGCAUCUUGGCUUUAUGGCAUGAUUCUGGCCAAAAGUGGAGGUUACGCAGAGUCUUUUUCUCAUCAGGGAAAUCCCCGGGAAGAGAUACGACAGCCUCCUUCCUUGGGCAGCAAUGACACAGUCUUUUCAGACGUCAGAUUGCAAAAACAAGCUGCCGGCGAGUCACAGAGUUCGAAAGCGCCACCACCUCAGCGCCUGUAUGAAAUCUCUGUCUCAGCAGUUGCCCGUAGCCUGUUGGGAACCUGGACUUACCUCAAUCCAACCUUGAUCUUCGCCACAAGGGAGCUGACCGGAGACGAACAGUCAGCCGGUUGGCAUCAUGAAAAUAGCUCCGAUGAAGACAGUGACGUACCCUCACCGUUUUAUAGAACGCACAGGCGAACCUUCACCUUUGAAGAGUACGAUCGUGCGCUGGAAAAAGGACUUCUACAUGACCCGUCGUUUCAAACCCAGGGCUCGCGACAAAGACGCCCGAACAGAGAGCAUACUUCUCGACAGAGCCGGGAAUCGGAGGGAAGAGACCGUUCUAGACGCUUUGACAACCACAUUGGUAACUCUGAUGACGAGUAUACCGACGAUUCGGAAUGGGUGAUCGAGGAGCCCAUACGCCCACCAUCAAGAUCCAAUCUUCGGCACCGAGUAGUUGCGCCACCGCCACUUCUCAAAUCUCCAACAAUGCCCACAGCAAUGCCUCCCUCGCCACCACCUCUAUCACCACCGCCACCGCCACUGUCAACAAAGGAGACCUUGUUGAUGGAAAAGCUAGAAGCUCUCCUCUCAGGAAAAGCCGAAGAAGAUGCAAGAAGAGACGCAGAAGCAAGAGCGUCUGCGGAGCUAGCCAAAUUUGACCGUCUCGAGAGCUUAUUGGUUGCACAACAAGAGGCACAGAUCGCCAAAGAAAAGGCGAAGCUCGAGGCUACUUCGCUCGCCGAAAAGGCUGCUAUCAACGCUAAGGAGAAGGCGGAUGAUAUGUCGCUUGCUAAGCUGGAGGAGCUUGUUCGGCAGCAAAGGGAUGAACAACUCAAGCGGGAUAUGGCAGCGGAGGCAGCUAAAAGGGCAGCACUCGAAGCUGCUGAGGCAGAAGUGCGUAAGGCCAGAGAAGAAAGCAAAGCAGCUGCUGAAGCAGCAAAAUUGCGUCUUGAUACCGCCGAAUCGAGUAAAGAAGAGACCGAGAAGAAAGCACAAAUCACUUACCAGGCUUACGAACAGGCCUUAGCCUUGGCCCGAGAAGCUUCUGAGGAAACCGAGCAAGAGCUACGUGAAGAAAGAAUCAUGCGUCAAAGAGCCGAAGAUACCAACAUGCCUCCUCCUUUACUUCAAGUCCUAUACCACGAGUCUGAUGAAGAUACAAAGGUACCGCCAAGGUUGCGUGCCGCUGUCGCCCAUCUUGUCGACCUGAUGCACGGCAAAGCAGAGAAGAAGUGGUACGCAACCACCACUGGCCCAUCACUCAUCGAUAUCUCGGACGGGUAUUUUGCGCGAAAGGUCUUGGACUCUGAUAUCAAGCCGAGCUCAAAAGAGUUGUGUCAAGCAGGAACCCAGCCACAGCCCGAGCCAGCAACGCUGGUCCAAGAAUUGACAGCGCCCAAAAGGUACCAUCUCGUAUUUCCCGCAGGAGCUCGUCAAGCCUUGAGCGGACGCAAAGAUCUUAUCGCCGACUUACGAGAAGAGAAUAUCGAGGCACUGUUUGAGAUGAACCCGAACACAAACAAGGGCGUCAUGGUCCAGCUGGAGAACGCUCUGGCAGGUAGAGGCCCGCCCGCCAAAAGCCCGGCGAAGGCGGAUUACAGCCGUGGCCGAGGCGACGUGUUUGUUCGUAGCUCUCUUCUGUGGCAGAGUCUACCGAAACAUGGACAGAGCGAGCUCUAUCACUCAUUGUGCCAGAUCGGCUGGAAACCCACGUAUCUGCGCAGCUCCGUGUCAGGACAGACUUGGUUCUACGGCGAGCGGCCUCUUCACGUUCGCUUCAAUCGCCCUGAUUACGUACCGCGUUUUGCCGAGUUCGACAUGGACGAUACUCAUGCCUGCGUUAUCCUGUGCAAUGACAUCGUCGAUGAGGAGGCCCUUGAGCUGACCGGUGUAGACUAUGAGUCAUGUGAGAUUGGGUACUGGAUGCUAGAUCCGACUCUGACCUAUGAUGACAUUGAAGCUUUGGUAGCCAUGUCCUUCGCACUCCGCGAAACGGGGCUGCGGCGAAGAGCCAGGCGAGCAAUGAACCCUGCCACCUCUAAUAUACGUACCCUUGGCCGGUUGGGGCGAGCGGCUGUGUCGCCUGUGCCGGACUUCCCUGCUUUGUCAGCGAUCAGUGAGUGCUCUACGUCGUCAAAGACAUCUCUCGGGGCUCAGGCGAGCAGCGAAGAUUACGAGUCCGCCGACUCGUCUUGA